AUGGCUGUAAACGUGCAACUGUUGUUGCUGCUGAUGUAUGGGAUGGCGCUGCUAUCACCAACGGAGUACAGCAACGUCACGAACAUAACACCCAGGUGUCUACAAAAAACUGCUGGUUGUGCAAGGUUCCAGCCCCCGGAGCACGAGGUGGGGGAGUACAAGUGUACCUUCAAUCACAACAGGUGCGACUUUGUGUGUCGGCUCAUCUGUCCGCGACAGAAAAAUGGCCUGUGGAUGACCUUAUCCAACACACAUGCUGGCAAGGACAUCUACAGUUGUGCCGCUACUGUCUGGAAACGCAGGGAUAUGCCAAAAGGUCAUUGUGUUGCGAUGGUGCCUGUCAAAGAGGUCAGCCAGAACCUUCACCACACCAAGGAACUCAACAAGCUGGUGGGCUCCCUGUGGAACAGCAGCUACGUCUACCUGGCGAUGGCCUCUUUCUACGAAAGAGCCGACGUGGCCUUGCCCGGCUUCAGUCAGCUGAUGACCCAGCUCUGGGAGGUCGAGAUCAAGCAUGCACGAGACUUUAUGUCCUACAUCAACAAACGUGGAGGCUACAUCCGGCUGGAGGACAUUCCACGGCCCGUCUCCCUGGACGUUCUGCUCAUGGAGGCAUCCUCGCGUGCUGGUCUAGUGGGCCUGCAGACAGCCCUGAACGUGACCCAGGACGUCAACUACCAAGUUCUCCGCCUUCACUCAGAGACUACCCGGAGGAAGCAUUCGGACCCUCAUCUGAAGUUUUACCUUGAGGAAGGCCUCUUGGCUCACAAGACGGACACCAUCAAGAAGCUGGGCGACCUGAUCCAUCAGUUGGCCAGUUACCCGGAUGAGGACUACGAUCUUGGAGAGUAUCUCCUGGACCUUCAGAUCGGUCAAGGUCAAGGGUACGGUAUCCCCAAGUAA